AUGUCGACCCGCCUUAACCCACUCGGUCUGCUACAAAAUUAUGAUCAAGUUUUCUGGCCUAUGGCUGGUUCACAUCACGCUUUUAGGGGUAACGAAUCGAGCCUGGUGGCUAGAGCCAUCAGUGUGUUGAACCGUCCGCCCGGCAAGGUCCGCGACCGUCCGCCUGAGCUGGCCACACUGAACACGCCUCCAUCAUCAUGCAAGCCAGCGAGUAGCGUCGUCGACGGUCUUCUCCUCAGGCCGCCUAUCGUACCUAGCCAGUCAACCCGGUCAUGUACGGUUCCCGAUUCGAUGCUCGUCGAUCCCUUCGCCGAGUCUCUUUCUGUCGAGGACGGAAAUACGCUUCUGGCGUGCCAGCUAUUGGCAUCCAACGCUUCGAUGCAAGCAGAAAGUACGGAUCAGACUCUCGCCUCGGUCAAUGCCAUGACGAACACAAUCGUAGUCAGUGGUGAUGUAUCUGGACCGAUGACGACCAACCAGGCCAACGUACAUUACAUGCCAGAAGAGAGCGAGCUCUCGAUGGUCGCGUCGGCUAGCUCCACAGGGAGCUGUCAACAGUAUGAGGGGCAGCAGCACGCUGGUCGCAUUCAAGACUUGGACGUUUGUCCAGCCGAAGCAUUUCACUGCAAGCGAGAGGCAACUUCUUCUCACACAGCCGAUUCUUUCAUCUUGCCACAAACGAUGAACCAGUGCUCCGACUCGACCUUGUUCUCGCCCAGUACGGCAUCCGAGACCAGCUUGGCGACGAACGAAGAUUGGUUCGCAAUGAUCGAUAUAGCCGACAUGAGCGAUGCUGGUGUACCAUUUGGCAGUGUCUUUGAUGGCAACGAAUCAUUUGGGCCGCUGUUUGCUCCGUCUGUUGGCUCUAUGCUAUCACCUGUUGCAGGAUUGGUCGACGAUCAGACUGUUCGCGAUUUCGAUCUUGCUUCGACCGAUGUCACGCCAAGCACAGCAGCUUUAGCAACUCUCAGCGCGUACAAGGUUCUGGCAUGUCUCACUUCUCGUCAGACCAGUAUGGAUGACUUGUCACUCGACUCAUCAGCCCUUGCGCAGAUCAACAGCGCCACCAACAUCUCGGGUUCGAUUUCAACGACUAGACAUGAUGCGGACGUCAUGAACUCCGCGUUUGGUGCCCUUUCUCGAAACACCAUGGAGAGCGCAGAGGCAUCUCGGAAGACCACGAGCGCUGCCAAGGAGACGGUCGAGCAUGUGAACAACGCGCAGGAUCCAAGUGCGAUGGAAAUAUCGUUCGAAGUCAGCGAGGCCAGCAGUGACGGUGAAACAAUCGUUGCGAGCCUUGAACGCACCGAUUUGAACUGCGACCUUCUGUCAGUGCAGCACCAGCAGCUGCAGCUGCAGAGCCAAAGCUGUUCACGUCCGCAGCGUUCGAUGAGGUGCCAAGCCACCAGUCUGCUAGCGGGUGGUUUUCCGACAACUGUCGGCAACAGCACUGAGAUUGGCAGCUACAGUACAACAAGAGGGUCGAAGCCCAGCACUGCCAAUGCGAUGCGCACGAGCAGAUCUAAGCCUAGCCCAGGCACGCGACUGAUGUGCCACCAUCCUGGCUGCACGAAAACAUUUUCGAGUCAGCACAACCUGAACGAGCACCAGCAGGUGCACGAGUUCCCACGCGUACAACGGUACUUCUGCCGCGAAGGUGAGUGUGCGCUCUCAGCGCGUGGGUUCAACUUCAAGCGCGAUCGGACGAGGCACUGGAUGCAGAAGCAUCCGUGGGUGGUGGCGCGAUUGAAGCAGCAGGCGGCGGAGGAGGCCGAGGCGAGACGCGUGGCCAUGGCAAGAGAGAAGGCUGAGCAGUCGGCUCAAAGAGCCAGAGCGAGAGCACAGGCGGCCAAGCAGAAGGCAGACGAAAGGGUCAGGUCGAAGCGCGAGAAACAGGCUGCUAGGCGUAAGCCCAGUCGAGAUGUCAAUACCUAA